AUGAUCUCAGGGUACUUGGACAUGAUACCAACUUCCCGCGGUCUUCCCUCUAUAUCGGAGUAUCUUGCAUUCUUUACUUCUUGUUUCCUUGUCGUUUACGCCCCUUACGCUUCAGCAGGCAAUACUGGAAGCUCACUCUCUGCGAUAGACAAUCUUAAUCUAAUCGACGUUGGAAGUUCAUCACCUGCUGCGGCCAAUGCUGAUGAUGCAAGCUUAUCCUCCUCUCAAACUGACAACCUCGAUCCAGCCAAUGCCGACCCAACCAAUAACAUAACGUGUGUCGGAGACAAAUAUGACUUGGACUUACCCAUCAGCGCGGGCUUCAACCCCAACACCGUCAGCAUGCAGCAGCUUUGCGCCAAGACGCAGUUCGGCGGUGGUCCACCCGGCCAACAUGUCGGUGGCUGGAUGCCAAUGGGGCCGCUAUUCCAACCAAGUGGUUUUCGACCUAAGCGCGGCCGCACAAAUCAAUCCGGUUCUGGCGAACCCCCGCAUCAUCCGAGAGCAGUCCCGAAUACAAACGUCUGGGAGUCUGAUCAGACGUACGAGCUGCAGGUCGAGAUAGUCGAUGAUUUUGACGUGGCUUGGACCACGAAUUUGGGAUCGGCGGAGCCUGGCAGCACGGUCGAUGCACCGCAGAUUUCGCACAAGGGAACAGCUGGUACGAGCGAUGUCCAAGUCUACGAACUACAGACUCUGAGCCAGCUGGCUUAUACCGAGGACAAAUUCAACACUCACCCUCGCUUCACUUAUUCAAGCAUGAAUGCCGAAAAUGAGAUUGAAUGCCAUGGUACCCUGCCCAGAUUUCCGUUCCCCUCGCCUUACCGGGUUUCCGACUUCAGCACCUUGCAGGAGCUGUGCGCAGUGCAAUUCUCCGGCGGCAACAGGUUAGUGCUCCACUCCCUCACGCCCACAUGA